AAGAUAUUUGUUCGUCGUGUGGACUUUAUACUCCGUGUUUCGUUGUUAGUUGCUGCGUGUUGAAAAUAAAUCUUUCAUUUAUUUAAUCUGACAAUCCGCAUUUGUUUUCUAAUAUUUUAAACAAUCAUGGCUCGAAAUGCAGAAAAGGCUAUGACUACUCUGGCUCGUUUUCGAGCUGCUCAGUUAGCUGAACAAGGUAAAGGACAACAGGAACGUCGACCAUUCUUAGCUUGUGACUGUGAUGACUUGAAGGCUGCAGAGAAAUGGAGAAAACAGAUUAUUGGAGAAAUAUCAAAAAAGGUUGCUCAAAUUCAGAAUGCUGGUUUGGGAGAAUUUCGAAUUCGUGAGAUCAAUGAUGAAAUUAACAAACUUCUGCGUGAGAAAGGUCAUUGGGAAACUAGAAUUGUAGAACUUGGUGGUCCUGAUUAUUCUAAAUUAGGUCCUAAAGUGUUAGAUCAUGAAGGCAAGGAAGUUCCUGGAAAUAAAGGCUAUAAGUAUUUUGGAUCAUCCAAAGAUUUGCCAGGAGUCAGGGAAUUAUUUGAACAAGAACCACCUCCUCCUCUGAGACGGACUCGAGCUGAAAUGAUGAAAAAUAUAGAUGCAGAUUACUAUGGUUAUAGAGAUGAUGAUGAUGGCAUAUUGAUACCACUGGAAAAAGCAAGAAGUGAACAGCUGGAGAAAGAAGCUAUGGAAAAAUGGUUAUUAAAUAAAGGGAAUGAUGCCAAUUUAGGAAAAGAAGAAGAAGAUAUUUAUGCUGUUCAAGAAGAGCCAGUGAGUGAUGACGAAACUUCAGUAGAUGACCUAUCUGAUGAAGCUGGUCAGCCAAGGUUUAUUGCUCAUGUUCCUGUUCCCACUCAACAACAGAUUGAGGAUGCCUUGAUUAAGAAAAAGAAAGAAGAACUUAUGCAACUUUAUGCAUCAUCAGAUAUAAUAAAAGCUGUAGAGGAGACCAAAGCCUUAAUAGGGAAAUAAUUUUUUUGGGGCCCUAUCUCAAUGGAAUUCUUUUGUAUAUAUUGUUGAUUAUUAUGUAAAUAAAUGCAGUUUUUAAUAAAAUUAUUGUGUGCUUUAA